CUUUUGUAGGAUUAAGUUACAGGUUAGGGAGCGAGAGAAGGAGCGCCUUCAGCAAUGUGUCCGAGAGCUGUGCAAUGCAACGGAGGUGAACAAUGACAGUCGGAAGAAAGAAAAAGGGCAAGAAACUGGAUCUGGAAGGCGGGCACACAGAGGCUCCCUGGAGGACUUUUCUGGAUUCUAGAGAACACGAGAGUAGAACGUUUCUUAAGGCCGCUCUGUCCAACGUGUCCCUGCUGGCAAACGUCUGUCAUCAGAUCUCUGAGGGGGUUGUCUUUUAUGGAACAGAAAAUGCCUUGAAAAUGCCCCACAGGGAGCUGGCCUGUGAUGAGUACCUGGCCCACAGUCACUACAUAACAGGGACACUCUCCUCCGAAGAAGCUGCCUUCCCUUUGGCUUACACAGUGGCCAUCCACAAAGACUUUGACACCUUUGCGAGGCUCUUCAGGGCGAUUUACAUGCCCCAGAACGUCUACUGCGUUCAUGUAGAUGAGAAGGCCACGGCCGAAUUUAAAGAGGCAGUGCAGCAAUUACUGAGCUGCUUCCCAAACGCUUUCCUGGCUUCCAAGAUGGAACCAGUCGUCUACGGAGGGAUCUCCAGACUCCAGGCUGACCUGAACUGCAUGAGAGACCUGGCGGCCGCAGAGGUUCCCUGGAAGUACGUGAUCAACACCUGUGGGCAAGAUUUCCCCCUGAAAACCAACAAGGAGAUCGUUCAGUAUCUGAAAGGGUUUAAAGGGAAAAACCUCACCCCGGGGGUGCUGCCCCCGGCUCACGCGAUUGGCCGGACUAAGUAUGUCCACCGAGAAUUUUCAGCCAAUAACAUUUCCUACGUUAUCAAAACCGGGAAAUUGAAAACCCCUCCUCCUCACAAUAUGACCAUCUACUUUGGCACUGCUUAUGUGGCCCUCAGCAGGGGAUUUAUUAAUUUCGUCCUCCAAGAUCAACGUGCACUUGACUUACUUUCCUGGUCCAAGGACACCUACAGUCCCGACGAACAUUUCUGGGUGACGCUCAAUAGGAUUCCUGAAAUCCGGCGUUCCCGCAGCUGUAGUCAUUAAGUGACUGGCCUGUCUCGCUUUUAUCAGGAAGCAGCAUUGCGUGACUAGUUCUUCUGUCACUUUUGGUCGUUGAUCUGAAGGCUGAUGGCCCCCGCCCUCCCUGAUGGCCCCGUGCUCCUUGUCCUGGAAUGCUCUGUCUUUACUGCACUCUCGUGUCCUCAGUUCUCUGCAAGAUCCAGUUACAAUGGCACUUCCUCAGACAACCCUUCUUGGCUGCUUUCCUCUCCCACAGAAGGCGUCCCAACUUCCGGCUCCACCCGCCCCCGCCCCCUGCAAACGUGGGACCGUGAACUAAGGGAUGGCACCCAGGAUCCAGAGUCUU